AUGCAGUUUGCGGCCCUCCGCCCCGCCGCAACACGGCUCGCCCGGCCGCCGGCCAGGCCGCCCGCCAGCAGCCGGCAGUCGAUCACCCCAUUCUCCGCCACGCAGCCUGCAGCGGCGGGGCAGCCGGGGGACAAGCUGCUGCCACUGCUCCGCACCCCCUUCGACCUCCUCGCCCUGCCUGGCCGCGUGGCCCUGGGCACGCUGCAGUCGCUGCCGGAGAUCCUGGAGAAGCUCCCAGCGGAUGUGGAGCGGCUGUCGCUGCUGGCCCAGGACCCUCGACCGCUGGAGGAUAAGCAGGCCGAAGUGUUGGGAGAGCUGGAGGAUCGUGUGUGCGGCUACCUGCAGAAGGGGACAGACACAGAGGCGGAGGUGCUGGGAAGCGUGGGCGCCGUGCUGCCGGACACGCUCAAGGAGGCGCUGCCUGAGACGCUAAAGGACGCGCUGAAGCCGCGCAGCGGCGCAGGCGACGACGCCUGGAGCGGCAGCAGCAGCAGCAACGGCAACGGCAGCGGGCCCCCCAAGCCGCUGGCCACCUGGACAAUCACCAGCGACGACGAGACGGUGGUGGUGGUGGAGGAAGAAGAGAACCUGCCUCCCAUGACCCCCGCAGCCAUCGCAGCCAGCCAGACAGCGGCGGAGGUGAUGGAGGUGAAUGCGGCGGUGGCGGCGCUGCACGAGCAGCUGACGGCGCUGCAGGCCAACACCGACCCCAGCCGUGCCAAUAUGAUCAAGCUCAACCUGCGGGAGGCGGAGCAGAUGUUGGCAGGGAGACUGGAGCAGAUGGCGCCGUCGCACCGCGCCGUCGGCGACGCCACGGUGCAGGCCGCCAUUCGGGAGGCGGAGGCGCUCCUGCUGGAGGUCCGGGCGCUGAACGUGUGA